AGCACACAUGUGGUAUCCUCGUUCCCCAGCCAGGGAUGGAACCCAUGUCCCCUGCUUUGGAAGACCAAUGGAUUCUUAACCACCAGGGAAGUUCCUCCUCUAUAUACUCUUUAUUUGUAAAUGAUGCCUUCUGUCUAGAAUGCUCCUGCCGCUUUUUGUGAAACUCUGCUCAGCCCAUACCAGCUCAGAGAUCUCUUUCCUGAAAAAAUCUGCAAAUUCUUCUAAUUGGAGUCUCUCAGCAACAUUUAAUUAUGAACUUUCUUCUAUGGUAACUUAAGUUUUUAAGUGUAUUUGUCUUCAAAAUGGAUAACCAUUUAGACAGCAGAGACCAGCCUGACACUUUGCAGGGCCAAAGCAUCCUUCUUGGCUCAGAGCAGGUCAUACGUGAAUGUUGAAAUACUGCAUGAACCUUCUGCCACAGAACUGAAUAGGUGGCUUACCCUCUGGAACCUGGGUAGCAGCUAGUUCAGCACCCUCUGAAAUCACGUUUUUAAGUAAUUGGAUAUGGAAUUAUUCCUAUUUCUAAAUCCCCAGUGGUAGGCAGAGAUAAAUGUGAGCUUUGUUGUAUCAGCCCCUUAAAGAUUCCCCAACCCACCUCCCCCUGAAGAGACUAAUGCAAAUAGGGCCCAGCAAAGUGGAUGUUAAUUACAGGCAAAUUCUGCCUGGCCACAAGGGUAAAGCUCUCCUAGCUGCCUGAUCACACUAGGUCACCUGGCCCUGAAGACCAGAAAAAGAGAAUUUGCUCACCAGGGGAAACCAUUUAAGGGGCCAAGCCAGUGGAUAUGGGCAGAGUGUUUACUGUUCUCAUAAUGGUGCCCUGGGCCUGCUGUUUAUUUCGGAGGUUUUAAUUGACUAGUGAGGUGGUGCUAUACCAGCUCACCACCUAUAAACCUCCCUGGAACCAGCUGAGUGAGUUAGGCACUAAGCCUGUGGGACAAAUUUGGAGUCUUGGAAAUUAACUAGGCAUGAGAUGAUCCCGGAGCAGCCCCAGGAAACUUGCACCCGGAGAAGUCAUGCUGCUGUGUUGCUGAGGGCAGAAGGGAUCUUUCCAAACUGGCUGCUCUGUUCCUUAAUUGUCUAAACAGGUCACUUGCAAGCAGCCAGUUGGCCGGAUCUGACUCGGACACAUUUGGCCUGACCUGUGGAGUGUUUUUUAACGUUUGAAUUAGUAGCUAACACUUCAGUGGGAGAAGACUUCAUAUAAGAAUCUGAAUUUCUGGCUUCUCCUAACGAUAGAGCACCUGGCCACGCUGGGCUAUCUCUCUCAAAGGGACAUCCCCUUUAAAUGGGACAUUCACUUCCCACCAAGCUGAUCACUAAUUUUUUGUUGCUGCCCAGCCUCUGCUUGUUUCCCCUGUUCUAAUAAUUUGUAGAUUGCAGUGGGAGGUAGAAUUAGAUAGCUUUUCCAGUCUGGCAACUCCAGGCUCUGUAAUGCCCCUGCGUGUAGAGGCAGUAGUUAGAGCUCAGGGAGUCCGUAAUGCAAUUGAGAUAGGGCAUUUUUCAUGAAUACUGAACUUCCUGCCACCAAGCGUCACACCCUGGAGGGAUAAGUAUGUAGAAUCCAUAGCAUUGGCAAGCAGAUGCCCUUCUCUGGUUGAAGUUGGCUGGAGUUAACCUUUACUGAGCACUUACUCUUGGUUGGUCUUUUCAAUCUUUAUGACAGUCCUGUCAAGCAGAUAAUCAGUCCCAUCUCUGGGGUGAAGACACUGAGGUUAGUGCCACGUGGCUGGCUAGUGACAGAACUUACUCCAAGGGCUUAACCAAGGUCUUCUCUCUCCACUUGAGCUUCAGUAGCUGUGGUGCAUAGGCUUAGUUGCUCCUUGGAAGAUCCCCUUGUGGGAUCUUCCAGGAUCAGGGAUCAAACCCGUGUACCCUACAUUGGCAGCCAGAUCCUUAACCACUGGACCAUCAGGGAAGUCCUUGAACACUUGUUAUAAAAAGCACACGAAAAAGGAAUGUUUAAACUAUGUAGCAUAUUAGUGAUGAUUUUCUCAAGCAAGAGUCCAAAAUGAUUUGGUUUAUAUACUGCAAGAUGGGAGUGGGUGGAGAUGUGUCAAGGUCUGUUUACCUGGGGGACUGAGGCAUGAGCUCUGUGGCCCAGUGUGAGUCAUGGUGAGCCCCUCAGACUUCUGAGAGGCGCAACUUGCAGACUGCAACUCACAUUCCUAUAAAUUUUCAUAGCAGUUGUCCCAGGGGUAUCCAGGAGAUAUGUAAAUUCAUUUUUUACUAGUCUUCAAUUAUAAUACAUCCAAGAUUUUCCGAGAUUUAGAAACCAUUGUGUUCAGCUGUUUAUAAACUUCCUUCCUUGAAUGCUAAGAACUCAUCUCUGCCCAACUCGACCCCACUCCAUCUCACCUCACCCAGGUCUAGCGUCAGCUUUAGGGAACUUGGAAACCUCUGGUGAUAAGGUCAGUUGGGAAUUUAGGAAGUCGUGGGUGUCGGAAGUAAAGGUGUAAAAAAGGGGAGGAGGAAUUGGUUUUGGCUCUAGGACACAGGGAACUUUCAAGGUUCUUGCAAAACCGUUGUAGCUCUUGAAAGCCUUAAAGUCAUCAGCGCCCCACUGCAGAAUUCAAGAGCUUGUCACAAUUGUUAAAACCUUUGACUUUUUUUUUUUUAAUUUAACGAGUAUUGUCUUCUGAGCCUUUUUUACCCCCAGCAGGAAGGUUCUGCUGUUUUAGCUUUAGGUUUAGUUUUUUGUGUUCUACACAAAGCACAGCUCCUUCGCCUGCAGCAGUCGGGGGAUUUCUACCUGCUUGCUCGCUUUGCAGGGUGAGUAGGGUUCGAGGCUUAGAAGACGGGGCGUGGGGCAGAGGGCAAGUCAGAGUCACAAUUUUGGAAGCCCCUAUGGGUUAUACUGAAGUUAACUGCUUCAGGUUCCAUGUUGAGCACAAUGACCACCUCUUCCCUGGGCAGUUGGUCCCGGGCUGAACGCGGAGGAACUCGGCUUUUGGCUUCGGUUGGGAAACCCAAUUUCGGAGUGUGCGGAGACUGCGAGUCUUUCCGAACAGGAGGAGCCGCGUCCACUCGGGACCCUGCGUCCCACCGCGCGCCGGGCUUCCCCCGGCCGAGUCGAGAAGGGGAUGCCCCCUCGCAGCCCUCAGGGGAGCCCUCCCACUCUUCCCAACUUUCCCGGCCCCAGGGCCGGAGGAGGGCGCUUCUCCCGGCGGGGGCGCGCUCGGUACUUAAAGGCUGCUCGGCGGGGCCAGCGCUCGUCAGUCGGAGCGCGCGGCAGCAGCAGCGGCGCACGGUGGAGCGAGGCGCAGCGGCGAGGAGCGGGAGGAGGGGCAUGGAGCCGCCGCGGGCCUGCUGAGCACCGGAGCGCGGGCAGCCGGCGGCACGAUGCCGGUGCAGCUGACAACAGCCCUGCGUGUGGUGGGCACCAGCCUGUUUGCCUUGGCAGUGCUGGGUGGGAUCCUGGCAGCUUACGUGACAGGCUACCAGUUCAUCCACACAGAAAAACACUACCUGUCCUUUGGGCUGUACGGUGCCAUCCUGGGCCUGCACCUGCUCAUCCAGAGCCUGUUUGCCUUCCUGGAGCACCGGCGCAUGCGACGGGCAGGCCGGACCCUGAAGCUGCCCUCCCCAUUGCGGCGCUCGGUGGCGCUCUGCAUCGCUGCAUACCAGGAGGACCCCGACUACCUGCGCAAGUGCCUGCGCUCAGCCCAGCGCAUCGCCUUCCCCGACCUCAAAGUGGUCCUGGUGGUGGAUGGCAAUCGCCAGGAGGAUGCCUACAUGCUGGACAUCUUCCACGAGGUGCUCGGUGGCACUGAGCAAGCCGGCUUCUUCGUGUGGCGCAGCAACUUCCAUGAGGCGGGUGAGGGUGAGACGGAGGCCAGCCUGCAGGAGGGCAUGGACCGCGUUCGGGACGUGGUGCGGGCCAGCACCUUCUCGUGCAUCAUGCAGAAGUGGGGAGGCAAGCGAGAGGUCAUGUACACGGCCUUCAAGGCCCUUGGUGAUUCGGUGGACUACAUCCAGGUGUGUGACUCUGACACUGUGCUGGAUCCAGCCUGCACCAUUGAGAUGCUUCGAGUCCUGGAGGAGGACCCUCAAGUAGGGGGAGUCGGGGGAGAUGUCCAAAUCCUCAACAAGUACGAUUCAUGGAUCUCCUUCCUGAGCAGUGUGCGGUACUGGAUGGCCUUCAAUGUGGAGCGGGCUUGCCAGUCCUACUUUGGCUGUGUGCAGUGCAUCAGUGGGCCCUUGGGCAUGUACCGUAACAGCCUCCUUCAGCAAUUCCUAGAGGACUGGUACCACCAGAAGUUUCUGGGCAGCAAGUGCAGCUUUGGGGAUGACCGGCACCUCACCAACCGAGUCCUGAGUCUUGGCUACAGGACUAAGUAUACAGCUCGUUCUAAAUGCCUCACGGAGACCCCCACCAAGUACCUCCGGUGGCUCAACCAGCAGACUCGCUGGAGUAAGUCUUACUUCCGGGAGUGGCUCUACAACUCUCUGUGGUUCCACAAGCACCACCUCUGGAUGACCUAUGAGUCAGUGGUCACAGGUUUCUUCCCCUUCUUCCUCAUUGCCACGGUCAUACAGCUCUUCUACCGGGGCCGCAUAUGGAACAUUCUCCUCUUUCUGCUGACAGUGCAGCUAGUGGGCAUUAUCAAGGCCACCUACGCCUGCUUCCUGCGGGGCAACGCAGAGAUGAUCUUCAUGUCGCUCUACUCCCUUCUCUAUAUGUCCAGCCUCCUGCCGGCCAAGAUCUUUGCCAUUGCUACCAUCAACAAGUCUGGCUGGGGCACCUCUGGCCGAAAAACCAUUGUGGUGAACUUCAUUGGCCUCAUCCCUGUGUCCAUCUGGGUGGCAGUCCUCCUUGGGGGGCUGGCCUACACAGCUUACUGCCAGGAUCUGUUCAGUGAGACAGAGCUGGCCUUCCUGGUCUCUGGGGCCAUCCUGUACGGCUGCUACUGGGUGGCCCUCCUCAUGCUGUACCUGGCCAUCAUUGCCCGGCGAUGCGGGAAGAAGCCAGAACAGUAUAGCUUAGCCUUUGCUGAGGUGUGAUGCAGCCCCCAAGCAGAGCGGGAUGAGUGCAAUGGGUGCGCCAACAUUGCUGCAUCGCAUAGGCCUCAAGCUUCUGAGAAGACUGUUGGUUGACAUCAGGCCUAAUCCAGAAGGCUAGGAAGAGGCAGCAGGCAUUUGCUAAAGGCAGUUGUUCCGGGCUCUUCCGUGUUUUUGCUGGCCAAGAAGUAAACUAUUUUGAGCACUACAAUGGAGGAAAUCCGGUCAGCCAACUGCAGAGCUGACUUCACUAAGGGCUUGUUUUUCUUCAGCUUUUACUUGAAGGUUAACGUGGGAUGGACGCCCAGAUGGAGAGCUCUGGGCAGUCCCCCUCUCAGCUCUGCCUUGCACUUAAGAGAUCACCAACUUUCCCCAGGUCGAGCAGGCAGGUACAAGUGGGCUCACAACGUUUGACCUCGACUGGUUUUUCUAAGUUAUUUUGUACAUUUUUCAGCAGCGAAACCAAACUGGGUCUUCAGCUUUAUUCCCUUUCUUGCAAGGGAAGAGCCUUUAUACAAUUGGACACGUUUUGGUUUUUCCUCAAUGAGAAUUUUAACCCUCUUUUGUAUUAAUUUCUACAAUUUGUAAACAUAUUUAUUUUUACUUUUUUUUUUUACUUUCUGGUGAAAUUUUUUAUACUGCACUUAUUUGUCAAAAUAAAGAAUCUCACUUAAGGCUGGUAUCUCUGAACUCCUCCUUCCCUCUUUGAACUAAUGAAAGGUCUUUAAUUCAGUUCCAAGAUGGGUAUUUGAGGCAGAACUAGUUUUGUCAAGGUAAUUCCAAUGGAACUCAGAAGCAGGUAAGUUGUCAAAGCCUCUGUCCAGGCCUCUGGACCUGGGGAAUACAGGAGGCCUGCUUAGUAACUGCACACCUGUGGUGGCUUAGUUUUUACUGUAGCUGAUGCAUAGGGUCUUUGGAGAAAUUACUGAGCCAAUGAGUUAGCCCUAGCUAACCAGUUAAG